AUGGCAACAUCCAUAGCCAAUAAUACAUCAUUGUUGUUACCACCAGAUGAUUUCAUUCGUGAAGAAAUAAAUAAAUAUAUAGGAGAAGUAAAGUUAAUUACACUUAGAUUUAUUCAACCAUUUGUUUCUAUCAGUGGUCUACUUGGAAAUAUUCUUGCAUUAAUUGUUAUUAAUAGAAAAUCAUUAAGAAAUACAUCAUCAGCUGUAUUUAUAACUUAUAUGGCAAUAUUUGAUAGUGCAGUUCUUCUUUUACAUGCUGGAAAUUUAGUACGACCACGUCGAAAUCUUUUUAUACAUUGUUCAUCAACAUAUCUUACGGAUUUAUUUACUUUUUGUGCCAAUUGGGUUUUGGUUAUCAUAACAUUAGAACGUCACGUUGCUGUUACAUCUCCAUUUCUAGCUAAACGCUUUUGUACUGUUAAGUCAGCACGUUAUUCUGUAUAUAUGCUUUUAACAAUAGCAAUUAUAUUUUUUUCGACAACAUUUCCAAUAAUAUAUAAUAUACAUGGAGAACCAAAACGAAAAAAAUGUAUUAUACGUUCAGAAUUUGAAUUAAUUCAUCAUAUUUAUCAACCAAUUGUCAUGGUUGGUUUACCAGAUCUUUUACUAUUAUCAAAUUUAUUUACUAUUUGUUCGUUAUUUCGUCAACGUAAACAACAAUUAUCAAAUCGAGAAGGUUUAAAUAUACGUAUAAGUGAUGUUCAUUCAAAUCGAAAACAACGACAAUUAACUAUAAUGCUUGUUACAGUAAAUCUUGCUUUUUAUUUAUUUUCGACACCAGCUAUGAUUGCUUUUAUUGUUCAAUAUUCUCCACCAAAACAUCAUGAACUAAAUAAACUUAAACGUAGGUUUCUUUUCUCACACAUAUCUGUUUUAUUAUUACAAUUACAUAAUGCUACAAAUUUUAUAUUUUAUUGUCUUGCUGGUCAACGAUUUCGUCAAGCAACAAUGGAAACAUUUAAUGAUUAUUCAAUUCAAUUGAAAUUUUUCUAUCAUCGAUAUAUUCUAUGCGAUAGGCAAUAUAGACGUUCAGAAAAUUAUCGACUUAGCAAUACGAGCAAUACAACAGGAAAGCAUCGUGCUUCACAUCCAGAGUCAAAUCUACGAGCUGCAAAUAGAGCAUUAACCAUUUAG